UUUAUUCAGGGCUAUAAAUAUUUGAACAUCUCUAUGAUACAAAUUUUUAUUUCAAAACGAUCAAUUUAUAUGUGAAAUAACAUUAGAUAUAAUGACACGUAUGCAAUAAUUAAAUACAAAAUACAGAUUUUACUAUUAUCUGCUAUUGCAAUUUCUAAAGUAGUCGUCUGUUUCGUUCAUUUUAACUUGGUUUUCAUGAUGAAGUAGUUUUAGAUUCUACACCUAAGUACACAGUAUAUCUGUAUAGUAUAUCCGUCACAGAUAUCGAAUAUUUGUUUACUCUUUCCAAUAACUUUACUCGAUAUUAUAAUCAACACUUCGAUUAAGUAAGAUAGUUCAAAAAUAUUGCAUGAUUUUCAAAAACACCUGAUAACUAUUUAUACAUAUCAAUAAAAAUAUUCUUAUAUAUAAAUAUAUUGAACGAUUAAGGAAGUGCCUUAUACAUAUUACCAAUCUUACAUAACGCCAUCGUAAAGUACAAAUAAUUGAAGAAACACAAUUUACGAUGAUGUAUUGACAUUGACGUUACAAAGAGAAAGAACAUAUGGAGGUUGAGAAGUUUCUUCUGUUGAAAAGGUAUCAAUUUGUAUCGUGCCAAUAACGAUGCAAGCAUCCGCAGCAUAUUCUUAAACGUUGGGGUUGAACGAACGAGUCUGGGGUGAAACGAAUCGAGGGGGUGGAAAAAGGGGGCGGUGGAAAGGGGAGUCCAUGAGGGUGGUAAAGUACUCGUCAGUCGUGUGACGCGUUUCCCGCGGACAGCAUCGGUUAUAUUGGCGAUACGUUAAACCACAACCGUAUUUCCACUUUCCACGUGUUCCUCGCGUGUGUCUUAUGUGAUCUGAUUUCUAUUGGCUAUCGCAGGUCCGCGGCAACCUGUAUUAUCGAUCGAACGCGCUUUGCGCACGUUGCCGCAGUUACUCGUGGCACCGCCACCACUAUCACACGUACUGUACUAUCGUCUUCGUGUUAACGUGACAACGCGUGUGCCGAUUCGGCUCGAUUUCCGAUUUCUUUUCCGCACUGCGGUUACAUCUGUAUUUCCUACGUUGUAACGACGUUCUCUGUCAACAUCGUUUCUCUCUAUAUACACCUUACGUGAAAAUUUCUGUCCAACCGCCAUGUUCCAUUUCAAAUUGUAUGUUUCGCGCAUUGCUGAAAACAUUAACCAUUUGUUUGUGCCAAUUGUUGACAUAACGAAGUGAAUAUACGAAUACGGGAACAGUAGAGUAUUGUUUUUCAUAGAUUCAUGUUUCGAUGAAAUCAUGAUUUAAAAAUACUUUGAAAUCUCUUUGGAUUUUUAGUGAUCUCCAAUCGAUUUUGAAACUGUUUUAUCGAUGUUACAUACUCUCGAUUACAUCUCGAUUGACUACCAAUGUGGCGCCAAAACGGUGAACAAAGCGUUACUUUUGCUACCACGCUGUAAAUAUUCGAACAUUUCAAAGUCAUUAUUGUUUAUAGUAAUUCGACUCAGUGCUUACAACGACGAAAUAGUUAGAAUGAAUUUUUGAAAAAUAUAGAACAUCUUCUAUGUGAUGUAAGUGAUUUUGUUAAAACGUGAAUGUUGUGAAUGAAUGUUCCGCGAGAUUAUGGUGUUAUGGCUAACAGUAUUUCUACUUAACGUCUUCUUCUUCUCGUUUGUGAAUACUCACUCAUGGAAUACUACUCCAAUAUCAUCGUAUUCAUGUUGUAAAAGGAAACGGACGAAAGAGGGUGGAAUGAGGAGAUUUAUCCGGUGACCUCGUGCCACGCGUGGUAAUGCUACUGGCAAGCGGUGCUUCGAUACCGACUAUCGCCGGUACCGUCGAGGAGGAGGAAGAAUAUGCACGUAGCGAGGCGAAUAGCGCGCACUACGAUGGCUAUGUUACCGAUCAUACCGAUCUUGCUUCCGAAAUCGAUAUCGACGAAUCCGAAUAUAGACGGGAACUUCUUAACGACAAAUGGCGAAUACUGUUCGAUAAGUUUGAUCCCGAGGGUUUUGGUGAGAUACCGGUGGAGGAUUUUUUAGCGGCUUUAAAAAGUCCCGAAUGGGAGGCUGAGAUACCACCGAAUAAACGACAUAUUCUCCUUAUCAGAGCAAAAGAAUCACGUGUUCAAGCGGUGACGUUCCAGGACUUCGUGAAUGUGAUGAGUGGCAAACGAACUAGAAGCUUUAAAUGCGCGGUUCACCAUCGUGACCGUGAGGUCUGCUCCGAAAACGACUUUCAUCUGCUCGUGCACGAACCUCCUCUCUUUCGCAGGAUGGUCCGCAUGAUCGGCGAUGAAUUCCUUACGGAAGAAAGGGACCGGAAAUACUACGCCGACCAUUACAGGUGUUGUCCGCCGCCUCUUUUCAUCAUUCUCAUCACCCUUGUGGAGCUGGGUUUCUUCACGUAUUACACGGUGGCGAUGGGAGAGGUGAAUCCUUCGGGGCCAGUACCGAUCGACAGCGUUUUCAUUUACAGACCGGACAAACGUCUCGAGCUCUGGAGAUUCGCGUUCUAUAUGUUCCUUCAUGCUGGGUGGCUUCACCUACUAUUUAACUUAGGAGUACAGGUGGUCGUGGGACUUCCCCUGGAAAUGGUUCACGGAAGUCUGAGGAUCGCGGCGGUUUACAUGGCUGGAGUUCUUGCCGGUUCUCUGGGUACUUCGGUGUUCGACACGGACGUGUACCUUGUUGGCGCAAGCGGUGGUGUUUACGCCCUCCUCGCGGCUCACUUAGCCAACGUCCUUCUCAAUUAUAAUAACAUGGAGUUCGGCAUUGUUCGAUUAAUAGGGAUCUUUGUAAUCGCGAGUGCAGACGUGGGGUUCGCGAUCUACGACAGAUACGCAGCCGAGCAAAUAGGCCCACCAGUUUCCUACGUGGCGCAUCUGACGGGUGCAUUGGCGGGUCUGACGAUCGGUUUGUUGGUGCUGAAGAACUUCGAGCAGCGGCUCCACGAACAGCUUCUCUGGUGGGUGGCCCUCGGCGUAUACGCGGCCUGCACGAUCUUCGCGAUCAUGUACAAUCUCAUGCAUCCGGACUAUCCAUGACGCGAGGUCAGCUUCGCGUACGGCCAACCGCGAAAUUCGUAACGCGAAGCUGACUAACAAAUUGUCGAACUAACAAAGGUGGACACAGAUGAGAAAUCGAGAAGAAACAUGGAAGUUUGAGUUGAUCGAGAGGACGGUCGAGAGAAACUGUUCUCUAACCUCGACGAAGAUGAGCGAAGAAAAAAAGAAGAAGAUUUUUCCAAGCGUCUAGUGGAUUUUUUGAAGACGAAGAGAAAGAAGAAACCUCUGUUUCCGAUUCCACGGCGGUCGCGGUGCAGAGCAAAGAGACGAUAAGAAGAUAUUUUUGAAUGAAGGAAAGUUGAACAUUGCACGGGACGGUUUUUUUAGUCGUGUAUGGCGAAGCGAAGUUUUUGGACGAACACGGCGAAGAAAAAUUAGAUGGGAAGGUUCGUUGUUUGCUAGACUGAAGAAUGAAGAGGAGAAUCGAUGAUAGCCCCUGUUGAUAAAUCGCACUUUCCAAGAGUUUGCCUCGAGGGGAGCUUGGAAAGUGAUAGAGAGCGAUGGCAAAUAUUUCGGAGAAACUGUAAGUAAAUGGUUAGCAAAACAGGACUACGAUUAGAAGGAAAAAUUAAUGAUUACGUAACGCUAACAGGAAGAAAGAGAAAUAAUUUUCUAAUCACUGGCAUUCGCGUAAGAGGAGAUUUUUAAAAGUAUAUUAAAAUUCAAAGGAAGUGGAAGAAUGAAUAUUUUAGCUACUUUGAUCGAACUUAGUCAUCAGUACAAAUUGAAAGAACAAGCAAAAUGAAGAUAUUCGAAGGAGCCGUGACACUUGACACUCGUUGAAUAUGCAAACUUGAACGAAUAAAACGAGAAGCAAGAAAUAAAGGGGAAAAAUACAAAUAAAAAGGAGAGAACAGAAACAAGAAAGACAAAGAACACAGACCGGAAAGAAAACACUGUGCGACAGCAAAUCUCAUUAUUUUCGAAUACAAUUUUCGCGAGAUAGCUCCCUUAUUCGUCGAAAUGUCGCGUAAUUAAAACAAUACAGAUAUAAAAUUACAUUCGUGUCUCUCUCUCCCACGUCGGGACAAAUUCAACUGUGCAUAGGAUAAUUAAUUAAUUAAUUCAUUAAAAUACCAGGAAGAAAAUUCCUUUCCUACGCGCAUACGCGUCAUGGUUCGCAUCGACUCUACGUAUCUUCUCCAAGUCGAAUAUCGCAACUACGAAAGAACGAAUCUAUCACGGAGAAGAUAAUAAAAAAAAUCGAAAAAUUUGAAUGAUACAACCGAUCCCUUCCCCUCGAGCGUCAGCGAUUUCCUACUUUCCCGGUGAGAAACCAAAGAUUCGAGAUACCUCUGGGAAUCCGUUUACGGGACCCAAAUUGUCGUUCGAAUUACGAUAACCACGAAAACUCGCGAUUCAUCGAGCAGAGAGAGUGAGAGAGUGAGAGAGAGAGAGAGAGAGAGAGAGAGAGAGAAAAGAAAUGGAAAGGAAUGGUAUAAGGAAAGAACAGAAGAACGAUGAGAAGAAGAAGAAAAAAAUCUUCGUUUAAAGGAUUCGUUUCGGGGGGAUGGGAGGGGGAGGGGGAGCGGACGACACGAGCGUAGAAGGAGACGCGAUUCUUCUUUCCGGAUUAUUUUCUCGCUUAUCGGCCGCUUUCGUGGCACGAAGAAAACCAAAGAAUCCUAGCGAACAACCUCUUUUGCCCUUUUCAAUUUCACUUCUCGAACGAAGACGGACGACAAGCGAAGAGCAACGGAGAUAGAGGCGAAAAGAUGUUCCGGAGGAAGCCUUCGCGAUGUCGAGGGAAACAAGGUGUCCAGAUACAAGAAACCGAGAAGAGAACCAAGGGAGAACGAUCGAUCGUCUCUCUGGUCACGAGGAAAACGAAAGAAGAAUGGUCUUUUCGUCGCUAUUCGAGGAUCGAUCCUGGCAGCAAACGCGGCAACGAUCUUUCUCGGGAAUCGAACGGAACGUCGUGCAAAUGAAAAAACCAGCAGAUUAAAGAAUCGAACGUCUCCUACCGGCGUCUUCUCUUACGGCUGACGAUCGCAAGGAUUUGCCUUGGUCGUUGGAAAAUUCGUUCCUUUACGAAGUUGAAUCCGACAACCACGAAGCACGAUGAUCUUUCUUUAUUAAUACGAGAAUUAAGAAAAUCGAUGAUUAAUCGAGGAAAAAGAACUUCGACGUUCUUCGGUUCAAAUACGUCUCGAGGCGUGAAAUUCAAACAGCGACCGCGCGCCGCUGAAUUUAGUUAUCUUCGGGGCAUUUACGUAAUUAUCGCGAAACGCGAUGCUCGUCGAGAUGCGUUUUUAAGAAAGAGAGAGAGAAAGAAAAAAAAAAAAGAAAAGAAAAACUGGUUCUGUUCUUCAUCUUCUACCGACUGCCGAACAUCCACGAUCAUCACCAAGGUGCGAUCAAGAUGUGAUCAAAGCUGUCUCCUCCAGCGUGUUUGUGACCGAGCGAUCGAUUCGCGCUCUAAUCUGUAUACCAUUGUAAAUAAUUCUGUACAUAAUCAAAACGGCGGACAUCCCGCCAUGUGUAUGCACGAGUGCGUGUGUGUGUGUGUGCGUGUGCGCGAAAACGAAUGCGAGAGUAUAAUGCAAGCGCGUUGGACCGAAGUAAAUCUCGGUCGACCGCGCGGUCUAGUCUGAUAAUCGCGAGAUUGCGUGGUUGCUCGUAUAAAACAAGAGAACGAUAAGAGAGAGAGAGAGAGAGGGAGAGAGACAAAUAAGAAACGAAUAUCAAGUAUUUUGAAUUUGGUGUUUCGCGAAGUAACAAGAUUUUCUUAGAAAAAUUUGCUUAAGAAGAUACGAUGAAGAUUCGCGAGUUUUGUGGGACAACUUUCUCAAGCUUUGUCCAUAUUCUAUGUCCCUGUUGAUAUUAUAAUUUAGUAACAUGAUUUAUCGUCGACCUAAAAUUCAAGUUUCGUUCGAGGAGAAUUUCGAAGAACGAGCUUAGGCCCAUUCGAAGAAAGAAAAUCAUCGAACAGCGAAACGAAGAAGCUUGCGCGAAUGAUCGAAGAAUAUCGUUGCGAUUUUCACGAGUUCUUCGCGAAACAUAUGUGUUCACUCUAUAAAGGCCCAUUUGUAAUUAAAUUGCGUAUAACUAUAAGGUGGUUGCGUUAUGGUCGACUAGUUGUACCGCGGAUCUUUGGAAGCGCGUGUCUUUCGCCUUUUUCUUAACUUAUUUGCUUAUUCUCGUUCUUCGUCGCGCGUAUAUUCCUAGUAAAUACGAAAGCUUCUAUUUAUUGAUACUUUCUCGUCGAUAAAGGUGUGCCGGUGAUUUCGUCGCGACUUGGAUCUCCUCGAGUCCGCUCCAUUCGUUAAUCCACGUCCUCUUUUUCUCUUCUUUCUUAUCCAUCGGUCGACUCACACACGUGGAAAUAUUCUCAAUUUAUUUUGCCUUCCCAUUUAUGGAUCGAUUCUUUUCGUUAUAAUUUCCCAACUAUUUUCAUUUCUUAAACGUAAAUGAUACCAGAUUGGUUGAAAAUUUAGGAAGAAAAAUAUUAACGAGUAAAUCGAGAAUUAUUUCGUUGCGACGUUGAGUUUCCUUUGGUUCGCGAAAACUAAUCGUCAGCGCGAGUUUCGCGAGAUAAAAAGAGCGAGAGAAAGGAAAAGGAGGAAAUUCGUACCAAAAAGUCGAUGGCGAAAAGGCGAACGAGUUCAAACCGAGAGUGAUUAACGAUGCUAGUCAAUUAGUAGCGGCAGCAGGCAGCUAAGGCAUUAAGACAUUGUCGGAGAACAAUUUUCCUUCUUCUUUCUUUUUUUUUUUUUUUUUUUUUCGUUUUGAAACGGCGAGAUACGGCUCGAAAAUUUACUUUAGAACAACGUGGUGAUUCGUCGUUCGGAUUUCUGACGUGUUUCCUCCGAUUGAUUACGCUUACAAAUAAUCGUUAAAUAGCAUCAAUAGUUGCUAACUCGACAAUUACGAAAAUUGAAUUUUCACCGUAUAUCGUGACAAUCUGCAUUAAUGGAAUUUUCUCAUCUUUUCGUUUGAAACGUAUCGUGUCAGAAAUCAUGGAAAAACAUCGAAUCACCAAUUUCAUCAGCGAUUUGAAACACGUCGUCCUAACGAUUUUGACUUCAAAUCGGACAGCAGAAUAUUAUUGUUGAAUAUUAAUGCCAGUCCUCGAGUUCCACGUUUAUUUAUUUCGAAGAGCCGGCCAAAAUGUUACCUGCGAGGCAAAUAGAAAAGUUCCGCUCGCGACAUAGUCUAACUCUAUCAGCAUAAUUAAGGCGUGACGACGAGAGAUUUAUACAGUCACGAACGCGUUGUAUCCGUUAAAUUAUUUCGCGUGUUAACGUUAGAAGCUAAAACACGUGUUCAAGUCGAAUUCGUUUAAGUGUCGAAUUCGUUUAAUGUAUCGUUCGAUUCUGCUCGUUUCUCCCUUUCCUUUACAGCCUCGAAGAAAACGGAGGGAGAUCAUCGAACAACGUAUAUUAUUUUCACGCGUUUUUAUUUAUUUAUUUAUUUAUUUAUUAUUUCGUUUUAUUAAGCGGCGCCCGAGCCAGCUAUCGAACAUCCGAUACGACGAACUAAUCCGAAUAUUCGAUAUCGAUAGAGAAUCCGUGGUUAGAUACACGGAUAUCUAUCGUAACGACAGCGUUUUCGUUUCGUUCUCGACACUUGAGCGGCUUCGAAUUCGCGUACCUCGAAAUUUGUAGCAGCGCUACACGCGCGCCGAUACUAGUAUUAGUUCUUGUUUAAUUUCUAUUACCGUUGCUGGGCAUUGUUUGUUUCGAAUUCUGCUUUUAAUUGAUGCAGUUUCGCCUCCUGGAACGCGCGCCUCUCGGAUAACGGAAGCACAGACGUUUCGAGGAGGGAUCAUCCUGCUCGUUUGCGGAAUAAUUAACGAGCAGAAUUGGAUUCUUCUCUGCUUUUUCUUUUCUUCCCGGUCUCGAGAGGUUUAGGUUUUAAGUUGAUAUUUUUGAUGAACUCGACGUUUCGAUGGCCGAACCAAACAAUUGUACCUACCGUGAACAACGUCCACUUUCUGUACCGCUGUUUUUAAAACGAAAUUUUAAUGCAACAAUUCAUGGAACACGCGUCUCGAACCGGCGUGCUGCGUCGAGUCCUCGAGGCUCGAAGAUCGUCGGGAUCAUUGAAACGAGCCCUUUCUGUCGAACGUACGAAUGAUAUACAGUAGAACUUCGUUUGUGCAAACUUGUCGGCAGGCAAGCAAUUUACGUAAUUGGAACAAAUGUGAUGAGAUUUUUCAAUUUGCUCAUUAAUCUUCUAUCAUUAGCUAUUUAUUAUUAUAGUAAGAGUUUAUUGGGUUCGUAUUCAGGUAAAUACAUUCAGCUGGCAGAAAUUCAUUUAUUCGCGUACCAACCGAAAUGAGAUUGGCCGACUGAAAUUUCGUGUAAACAAAAUAAAAGUUCGUGUAAACGAAGUUCUAGCGUAAUUGGAACUCAACGAAUGAUCGUUAGAAUGAUUGCAAAAUAUGAAAUGUCGAGCAGUGAGAUUAAAUUUCCGAGUAUAUUCAGCGUUUAUUGUAAUGCAUGUGAAAAAUUUGAUAUAUUUCAUUUCAAGACUGAGUUUGAUCGAGAGUGAUCUAGCUUGAGAAACGUAAGACGGCAAAUCACGAUCAAACUGUUAGUAAUUAAAACAGUUCUGCGUAAAUACGCUCUUUCCAUGCGAUUUGAAAUAUUCAAUAGUAUCUUUUUCAUUGUAUCGUAAGAAGCACAAUUUUUGUGUAAUUUCGUGAUUCACAAUUUUCAAAUAAUUCGUCUAGUCGAAGAAAAUUGUUUAUGUAAUGCGCGCCGCUGCUCGUAAUAAUCGUCAGCGAAACCGAACGAGAAAUCGAACGAUCGCUUGUGAUCUUCUGGCGAUUAUACUUUAUUGCGCUAAUUAGUUUUGUAAUAAUUGGACUGUGGAUAUUUGUGCAGUUAUGAGAGAUUGAAAUAUCUAAGAAAUUUACAGAAUUCGCGCGAUAUACAAAAAUAUGCAAGAAAUAUCCAAAGUAUUGGUGAUAAUAUUUAAAGCAUUAAUUAUUAGAUUUCAUUUAUUUGGAUGCUUUCGAAAUACAAAUUGAAAAUAUGAAUUUGCAUAAGCAUUCGCAGUCUAAUGUACGUCAACGCGUACAAGGGAAAGACGUCCUUUUCAGUUUCAUACAAUUAGCUUCGUAUAAUUAGUCGAUUUUGUAGCCACGAAUGUUCGCUUUCAUCUAAUCGAGUCAGGGCAGGUUCCUCGCGAGUUUAAAACAAUUGUAACGCGAUCAUGAUUUUAAAUCAAAAUAAGAAAAGAAGAAGAAAAAAAAAACGAAAAAGAAAUAAUUCCAGAAUAGAGUUUCUCUUGGAGCGGUAGAGGCAAGUGCGAGCUUGCCAUCUGUCAAGCCUCGUUUAGAUUAGUCAAAUUACUUGAAUUCAAAUGAUUUCAAGUUAAACGAAGACUUUACUACGGACUUUACUUUAAUAUGGAAUAUGAAAAGAAAAUAAUUUGAUCGAAAUCCGUGAAAAAAGAAAAAAAGACAAUAGUAGCUAUUACAACUGUACUUAAUUUUUAAACCAAACAAAGAGACAAUUUUGAGAUUGAUUGACUGUAUAACAGAAUUUUGGAAUUGUUUCUCCUAUAAAUAGCGGAAGUAUGAUUUAUCGUAAUUUCACUGUAUAGUCUUCAAUUGACUUGACCAUGAGAAAUUCUAGUAACUUGCCCAAUCCGAACGAUGCUUUGAACGAAAUUAAACACAUUUAUCUUAUACAUCUCUCGGGUGAAUUAGCCGAGGAAAACAUUGUUCGUUUAGUGUAUGGUCGAUGGAUAUCUUCUCUUCGUUAUUUAUUUAUUUAUACCAUUGAUAAUGUACGGUCAGUCAUGAAACGUUCACAAGCCAAAGAGGCGGAGCUAGUAAAAGCGAAAAUAGGCCUGAAAGGUUACUUUCCGUGCGACUAUUGAUAUUAUCGUUACUGUAGUCUUGUUACUUAUUAUUAUUGUAUUAUUAUUAUUAUUAAUAUUAUUAUUAAUAUUAUUAUUAAUAUUAUUAUUAUCGACUUAUAUAAUAAAUUAUUCUUAUUACCGUCAUCGUUUAAAUAAACCUCGCCAGCGUCAUCGUUAGUCAGCUCGUUUCGUCGCAUUCGUUCGUUGAUGUCUCCGUGUGCAAGAUUUCGGAUUUUCCCGGUGCGCGUGGGGAAUGAAAAUGAAAGACAAAGGAUCUUUUGUAAAUUGUAUAAAUGAAAAAACAAGAAGUAGCAAACGUUGUAAAAGGAACGCGAGAAAUGUGCGAAAAUAAAAUUUUUGUGAAGAA